CUAAUGAGGGUGUUUUACUCCAGCUCAAUAGGAGAGUUCGGUGCUGAACGAUUUCAUUCAAUCUUUCUCUUCCUCACCACAGUGCUACUCAACCUUGGUCGGAACAUUACGCGAACGCGAUGGCAGUGCCACAAGUGAUGUUAAGGUUGGCCCUAUCGCUUUACCUCAUUUAUUUGGCAUCAGCUAACCCCUCAGGUGCAAACCCAGCUGCGUGUGUAAGUUUAACGCCUGGUCAUGGGUUUCAACCUCAAAAUUCUGCAAGUCCAUGGACAAUUUCAGCAGCUACCUCCUCGUACAUACCUGGACAACCUGUCUCCGUUACUGUUCAAGCAACCGGAAGUCAACAGUAUAGAGGGUUACUUGUGCAAGCCCGUCCAGUAGGGUCUACCACUCCUGUUGGUACAUGGACAACUACCGUAAAUAAUACAAGGCAGAUGACAUGCACAAAUACGAAUGAUGGAAUUACUCAAUCAUCUAGUACUUUAAUGCCCUUAACGGCAACAUUCACUUGGUUACCGCCCUCGACAGGUGUUGGUUCUGUAGAAUUUCAUGCAACGUUUGUGGAAAAUUUUACUACUUACUGGGUGGAUAUUACUUCAGAUGUUAUAGCAGAGAAUUUGUGUGCAACUGUAAUUUGCCAGAACGGUGGUCUCUGUAACAGUGGUACUGGGGUCUGCAGUUGUGUAAGAACGGGAUUUACUGGCCUCAAUUGUGAAAUACAGAUUGACGAGUGUUCAAGUAAUCCAUGUAACAACGGAGGAACGUGUACUGACGACACCAACGAAUACACCUGUACAUGCCCACUUGGAUACUCAGGGGCUCGAUGCGAUAUACAACCGGAUAGCUCUGGCUGCCCAAGUGGUUUUUGUCUAAACGGAGGAACUUGUGAUGCAUCUUCAGGGACACCAACCUGCAUAUGUACGGAGGCUUGGACAGGAAAUAACUGUCAACAAGAUUUUGACGAAUGCGUAAGCGCACCUUGUUUAAAUGGCGGAGCCUGUUUUCAUGGUAUUGGUCAAAGUAUCUACCAGUGUGUUUGCGCAACUGGAUUCACUGGUAAAAAUUGUGAAAUUGGUGAUGGUGGCGGCGACGCAUGUGAUUCAGUAUUCUGUUUAAAUGGUGGAGUUUGUCAAAAUGGUGUCUGCAUCUGCUCAGACGGGUACUCGGGUAAUCGUUGUGAAAUAGAUGUAUGCGAGCAGUUAAAUUGUCAAAAUGGUGCCACGUGUGCUAAUAAUAGAUGCGAAUGCCCUUUUGGUUUUAUUGGACUUGCAUGUGAAUUUGAUGUAUGCGGAAAUCUGAACUGUGGAAAUGGGGCUACGUGUGAGCAGCGCGGCGAAGGUGCAUUCGGUUGUGUAUGUCCGAUAGGCUUCAUCGGUCCUGAUUGUUCAGUCGAUGUUUGUCAAGUACUUAAUUGUGAGAAUGGUGGCGUCUGUGUAUCUGAUGAGAAUGGUAUAAUGGAGUGCCAGUGUCCUACUGGUUACACUGGUGGAACGUGUUCUAUGAAUGUCUGCAGUGGAUUCUAUUGUGAAAAUGGCAAUUGUAGUGUAGAUGGCUCUGGUAACCCGUCUUGCACCUGCCUCCCGGGUUACAGUAGUUUUGGAUGCACAGACAAUGUCUGCGAUGAUUUCGUUUGUAAUAACAAUGGUUCUUGCGUCAUUGACAGAGACGGGAACCCGAAAUGCAAAGAUGACGAAUGUGACGAAUAUUCCUGUGGUCCUGGAGUAUGUGCUAUCAACGAAUUUGGUAACGCCACCUGUAUAUGCCCUUUGGGUGUGUCCGGAAAAUAUUGCGAAAGGAAUGCUUGUGAGAAUUAUUGUGCCGUCGGAAACUGUAGCAUAAACAGCGUAGGAAAUGCGGUGUGCCUCUGCCCACCUGGCUAUAAUGGUAAUACCUGCGGAAAUAGUAUCUGUGACAACUUUUACUGCCUCAUUGGUGUAUGUAGGGUCAACGUGUACGGUAACCCAGAGUGCGUUUGUCCACCAGGAUACAGUGGGCCUACCUGUUCAACUCCUGACCGAUGUGCAAAUAUCACGUGUAACAAUGGUGGCCAAUGCCAACAAGAUAGUAAUGGAGAUGCCAGGUGUUACUGUCAAUUUGGCUACUCAGGAGAAACAUGCGAUGAUUAUAAUGCUGAUCCAUGUGCUAAUGUUACAUGUAACAAUGGUGGCGAAUGUCGUGUCGACAGCAAUGGAAACGGCAUGUGCUUGUGCCAAAGUGGUUACACAGGCGCAACAUGUGACGAAUCUAUCCCAGACGCUUGUGCUAGUGUUAAUUGCAAUACUGGCAAUUGCUCACUCAAUAUGUUCGGCAACCCCUUUUGCAGAUGUCCCAACGGCUACUUCGGAAACAACUGCGAAGGAUACGUCUGUGACCUUAUCAACUGUAACUUAGGAACAUGCGCAGUCGAAGGCAGCAUAGCAUACUGCACAUGCCCCCCUGGAUUCAUUGGUACCAGAUGUGAAACCAACAUUUGCGCUGGUUACAACUGCAACGGUGGCUCAUGUACAUCGGAUAUCAACGGCCUUCCAGUAUGCGAUUGCCCAGCCGGAUAUAGUGGACAGAAUUGCGAAACAAGCUCAUGCGCUGAUGUAAACUGUAAUGGUGGCACUUGUACUCUCACCAACCAAGGAGAAGCCGUCUGUAUCUGUCCGGCUGGAUACUCAGCCAAUGAUAACUGCCUAUCAUCUGCAUGUAGCAAUUUCAGCUGCAACAGUGGUACAUGUUCUCUUGAUAAUGGAAUCCCUGUAUGUAACUGCCCACUUGGCUACACGGGCUCAUCGUGCGAAAUAUCUGUUUGUACAUCAACCUACUGCCAAAAUGGAGGAACUUGCAGCGUAAAUACAGCAGGGCAACCCGUAUGCGCAUGCCCCUCAGGAUACGGUGGUAGUCUGUGUGAAAUAGUUUUACCAGCUGAAUCAUGUAUGACUAUAACAUGUCUUAAUGGAGGAACCUGCUACACGUCUGCAUCUACCUUGUUACCAUCCUGUUUCUGUGACUCUGGAUACGAAGGAGAUCGUUGUGAAACACCAACAACUAUUUGUACAUCAACCUACUGUCAAAAUGGAGGAAUUUGCAGCGUGAAUACAGCAGGGCAACCCGUAUGCGCAUGCCCCCCAGGAUACUCUGGUAGUCUAUGUGAAACCGGAGCUGGUGAAUGCAACAAUGCUCCAUGUAUGAACGGUGGAGUAUGCACACCUUCAGGUACCUGGUAUAUAUGUUCAUGUGCCCCGGGAUUUUCUGGUCCAACAUGUGAAGGGAACACUGGAGGUCUUUGUGACCCAAAUCCUUGCCAAAAUGGAGGUGAAUGUUCUAUUUCCGGAUCAACAUAUUCAUGCACAUGCGCAUCUUCAUAUACAGGAACCAAUUGUGAACAAGCAUCGAAUGCCUACUGCUCUAACAAUCCAUGUCAAGCUGGUGGCGUAUGUGUGCCUUCAGGAACCUAUUAUUUCUGCGAUUGCCCAAAUAUGAAUACUGGGUACAACUGUGAAGAUAUUUCUGGAAGUUGUUCUGGUGUUACUUGUACUUUUGGAGCAGUAUGCAUGAGUGGUGCUUGCGCAUGCCCGAUGUCGUGUACGUCUAAUGGAAUAGCACAGGUUUGUGGAAGUAACGGCGUCACUUAUACCAACAGUUGUUUUCUUGAUUACCAAAGCUGCUUUCAGCAAAUCACUAUCACCGUAGCAUACAGUGGCGAAUGUUUAAAUAAAAUGGAGUUACAACUCAAAAGUCGGUGCUUCCUUUAACCAGUUGAAAUUUAUCUCGUCAACAAGAUGUUAUAAAACACACUGAAGAUGAUAGUUUCUCUGAGAAUUUCAAGAUACCAUGUUUUCAUUCACUCUGUUAAUUGUACUCUUUGUUGAUGAAAACAUUACAUGUUCUCAAAUCUGUUUCAUUCGAUCUUUCCGCUAAGCCUCGCCUCUUGGAUAUUAUUGCUAAGGUCCCACAAGAAAAUAGCGUAACUGUACGUGAACAGUUGCGUUUUUGGGGACAACACAUGCGUUUGUUGAACACGAGCGUAUCCCUGGCACUGUUCUGAUUGGUCAGUUUUUAAGUUUGAUUGGCACUCCGAAAGAUCCAUUUUUUGGAUAAUAAGUUUUAUAUAGUAUUCUGAUGUCGGUGUAUUCAUACGUACCUCAAAACACUCAGAUAUUAUUGGAAAGUUCCAAUUAUGAUAAAUUUAGAUCUAAUAAAAAAUUACUCAGUCUUAAGUUGGUUUCAAAAAUAAUGUCCGUGAAGACAAUAGAUUGAAGUCGCCAAUGGAGAAAAUAAUUAUAAAACAGAUUUUCUUUGAAUGAGCAUGUUUCUUAAGAUGACGUCAUGUGAAUGUUUAUCAAUUCUACUUUUGUAUUUAUUUCGUAUAUAACCAAGUUCAUUGCAUUAUUUAUAUACUUUUAAACCUUAUCGAAUUGUAUAAUUUCUUUUUAAAUACCGUACCUUUAAGUAAUAAUUUGUUGUAAAUAUAAUUAUAUUAAGCUCUCUAAAUUAACAUUAGUUUAUAUAGGUGAGUACUUUUGAACAUUUUGAAAGCGAGUUAUGGCCCAAAAGAACAUUUCUAAUGUGUGUGUUGCCAAUAACAGGAAGUUUUCGCAAGCUUACGAAAACGAUAACGAAUACGGUUACGUCAUCAAUUUUUUAGCCAACCCCUCCUCUACAGUAGCAUAAUUAUGCAAUUCAAUGGAUGAAGGAUCAUAUUUAUAUUGUCAAGAAUGUUGUAGGCACGAAUAACGAUAAUGAUAAUGACGUAUUCGUUAUCGUUUUCUUAAGGUUGUGAAAUCUCCCUAAUGACACGUUGCGCAUGCCAGUAUUGUCCUUAAGCCAGGUGCGUAAUUUUUUCUACAGUAUAAUUACGCAAGCCGUGCACAUACUGCGUUGUACGACUGUAGAACAACCGUCGGCUUGACGACUCAACGCCGUCUGCAGUCUAUGGCAAAUGUGCGGAUUGUCAUUAAAUACGAUUCGUCGUUCAACAUGGAAUCACAUUUAACAGUAACAAUAUUAUUUACUACAUAUAUACAUAUGUAUAUAUAUAUAGGCUAUAAAUAUAAUAUAUAUAUACAUAUAUAUACAUACUAGACGGCAGCAUCGGAUAAGAUGGUAAAUUAUCGCUGUUAUUUUUGUGUAAUCAAUUCUAAUAUAACUAUAUUGUGAUAAAAUACAGUAUUAUCUUAUCUAAAAUCUCAAUAGCAAGGCGUAUCUCUUAUCGAUGCCACUUUGCCAUCGCUUUCAGGAAUUGUGAUUUGUACAAUCGUAGCAUCUGUUUAUACCGUAAUUGUUUUAUAAACAGCAUUUAUUAAGAUUUAUAUCGAUGAACAUUUUUACUAAUUUUUGUGUUAAGUUUAGUAAUAAAAGUUAACAAAUACAAUAAAGAA